AUGAAGUUUCCCUGGCCUGUUGCGUUCGCGGAUGGGGAUGUGGAGGAAUGGAUCACGGAUUUUGAAAGGAUAGCGGCAUGCAACGGAGUGAAAGGAGACACACCUUUGUUAGCGGCGCUUGGGGCACUGCUGACUGGGCGUGCCAAGGCGGUGUAUGAUCUGAAGAUGGGGGGAAAAACAAGCCCCACUUAUCGGGAGGUCCGUGCGGGGCUGGUGAAGGAGUUCACACAGGAAGGUGAUCGGCAGAAAGCAAUGGACCGAUUCAGUACGGCUCGUUAUGACAGCACCCAAGACCCAGUCGUUCAUUAUCAGUACCUGUUGCGCCAACUAUCGAUCGGGCUGCCCGAGGCAAGUGGCGUAACUAGGGCACGCCUUGUUCGUGAUCGUUUCGUUCAAAGCAUGGCCCCGGAUGUCCAAGGCAGGUUGAGAAUGGCGAUUGCGUGCGGCGUGAAUGAUACAGAACGCCUGUUUAUGAUUGUUCGUGCAGCCCACGAAGAAGUGACAGUUUCCCGAUUAGAGCAAUCGGAUUUGGAGUCCACGUUGCAGAAGAUGAGCGAGGAAAUCGCACAAUUAAAACUGGAACUCAAUCGACAAACACAACGCAAUAAUGACGCAAUGACGCAUGGAACACGAAGGAGGUGUUUUGCAUGUGGCAAGGUAGGACAUUUCGCACGAUUUUGUCCAGAAAAACGCUUCUCGUCUUGCUUUUCUUUAUCUACAUUCAAGUCGAGGGGGGUGCCUAUGGUUGAGAUCAGAAUUGGGGGCGAACGUAAAAUUGCAGUCGUAGAUACGGGGGCUGGGGUAUCUGUGACACCUCGCGUUGAGGGAAUCGUAGUGAGGCCAUGCGAAAUACGAGUGCGUGCAGUCGGAGGAGAGGCUCUGCAAGUAGCGGGAAAGCAGCAGCUAACGGUUCAGAUCGGCGACGUUCGUGUGACGCAUGAGAUGUUACUGGUUGAAGGGGUCGCCGAGACAAUCGUAGGGGUUGAUCUGUUGGAACGCGUAGGAGCAAAAAAUGAUUUCGAAGCUCAUCGAAUGCGGGUUGGGGAGAAGGAUGUCGAGCUGCAAUCCCGCCGGGGCCGGCUGAACCGCGUUGGUAUCGUAAAAACUUCCUCGGUUCCAGGUUGUCCAGUCCCGUGUGUCAGACAGUGUCUCGAGAGGUAUGCGGAGUUGUUUUCGACACCAGAUGAUGAGUACCGCUUUUGCGAUUGGCAAGAACACAGGAUCAAUUUGGUGCCGGGUGCGGUGUGCAAACCAGUGUAUCGGAGGCUGCCGCGGAAAGUUGUACCGGAAGUUGAGAAGCAGGUUCGGGACAUGCUGUCGAAGGGAAUAAUUCAGGAAAGCACUAGCCCGUAUUCCUCACCAGUGUUGUUGACGCGGAAAUCGGAUGGGACGUAUAGAUUUUGCGUUGACUUCCGGGAACUCAACCGCGUCACAAUCAAGGAUGCGUUCCCAAUGCCAUUAACCGAGGAGAUAUUUGAGCAGCUUCAUGACGCGAAGGUGCUGUCGUUAAUCGACUUGAGGUCGGGCUAUUGGCAGCUGCCGGUGCUCGUGAGCGACAGAGAGAAAACAGCAUUCUGUGUCAACGGGAAGCAGUAUGAGUUCCUGCGGAUGCCUUUUGGGUUGUGUAACGCACCGGCUACUUUCAGGCGUUUGCUGCUCCAGGUACUGGAGAACCUGGAUGGUGUUGUGGUGUAUGGGGAUGAUAUUGUGGUAUUUUCAAGGACAAUUGACGGGCAUGUGUCCAGAUUAAGCGCAGUCCUAGAGAGAAUCAAAUCGGCGGGUUUGAAGUUGAGUGCAAAGAAGUGCCAGAUAGCGCGUGACAAGAUCGUUUGUUUGGGACAUAUUGUUGGAGGAGGAAAACUGCAACCCCUACCCGAGAAAGCGGAGACGAUUAGGGGUUUCCCCUCGCCAAAAUCAAAGCGCCAACUGAGAUCCUUCCUUGGCUUGGUCGGCUAUGACGCCAAGUUUGUGCCAAAUUUUGCCCAGAAAGCUGGUGUCCUGUUUCAACUACUGAGGAAGGAUAAGAAAUUCGAGUGGACGUCAGAUACGGAGGCGGCGUUCAGGAAACUCAAGGAAAGUGCAACAAACCCUCGAAACUGUUUGACAAUACCAAAGCCGCAUGAGAGAUUCACCGUAGCUGUGGAUGCCAGUGACGUCGGAAUUGGCGCAGUAUUGUCACAACCGUCUGGAGUGAUCGAGUACGCCAGUCGACUGCUCACAAGUGCCGAGAGGAAAUACUCCACCACGGAAAAGGAAUGCUUAGCAAUCGUGUGGGCACUGGAAAAGUGGAGAACAUAUCUGAUUGCUACUAACUUCUGUAUCAAAACGGAUCACAAGCCAUUGACGUGGUUGAUGACAACAAGAGAUCCAAGAGGGAGGUUGGCACGGUGGGCGUACCGCCUGCAAGAAUUCACCUUUACAAUCGAGCAUGUUAGCGGACGAGAAAACGAAAUACCUGACGCAUUAUCCCGCCCGAUCCCAGACGACCAACUGCCGGCGGAGGCGAUCCCAGUGAAUCGGCUAAUGUCAAAUGAGGGUGUUUUCAGCCACCAAAGAAAUGACAGUCUGGUGCGGACGGUUUGUUCACAUCUUCAAGCCAAAACAAGACCAGACGGGAGCUCACCUGCAGUGCGCGACCUACUAAAAAUUUGGGAGCGAUUGCAUGCGGAAGAUGGCAAGCUGUUCGUUGACGUUGAUGUGGGACAGGGUCUGCGACCCAGACGACUGCCUUUUGUUCCCGAGGCCGUACGUGAGCAGGCAAUACAGCUAGCGCACGACAGUGCUCACAUAGGACAACAACGAGUCCUCGAAUUGUUGCGGCGCAGAGUCUUCUGGCCCACGAUGCGGCACGACGUUGACGACUACAUACGAACUUGCCCCGAUUGUCAACGGAACCGGGAGCACGCAACAGCUACACCGCCAAUGCAGCCCAUAGAAGCACAGCGAGUCUUUCAAAGCUGGGGUUUGGACAUUUUUGGUCCUUUACCUGUGAGUGUUACUGGAAACCGGUACAUCAUGACAAUGGUUGACCACGUGUCUCGCUGGGUGGAAGCAAUCCCGAUACCGGAUCAAACAGGCGAUACGGUCUCUCGAGUAUUUGUCGAUAAUGUCGUGGCGCGAUUUGGUGUACCAGAAACGGUCAUCACUGACCAGGGUCCCUGCUUCGAAUCGAAGAAAUUUCGAGACAUGUUGGAACAAUGGAGGAUCCGGCGAAUACGAACGUCGCCUUACCACCCCCAGGCAAACGGAAUGACGGAAAGAUUCAACAGAACGCUGAAGGAGUGGCUAAAUAACCACGGAAGUGAUUGGCAAGAAGGACUGUCGGAGAUAUUACUCAGUUACCGCGCAACGAGCCAUUCAACAACGGGGACGACACCGUUUGAACUGGUUUUUGGGCAGGAACCUAGAACGCGACUGGAUGUGUGGCUCAACAUGAAGAAUGAUAAACCUCUGACAACCCGCGAGCGGAGGCAUCUAGAGAAAGUGGCCGUACAACAGACAAGAAUUGCUCAGAGUCGUAACAAGGCAAGGUACGAUAGACGGAACCAAACACAGAAAUGGGAUCCGUUCAUGUCCGGACAGCUGGUAAAAGUAAGGAAUCGUAACAGACCCGCAGUGGCCGGUCCGGGGGCUAGCAAGUUCCACAAACGAUGGAGUGGACCCUACACCGUAUUGGAGAGGAAGAAUUCCAGUUUCAAAAUCGAUCAAGGACCACGAGGCAAAUGGGUGAACGGAUGCGACUUGGCACCCUGGCACGUCCGGACCGAAUGUUUCAAAGGAAGGGCGAGUGUAACAGGGAAUGCUGGGGCCAGGGAACGGCGUAAACAUCAAGGCGAACGAACGAACCAAACAAGGGCCACAGACAAGAGAACAGGUGGCGAAUAUGUCGGAGGCGUCCCGAAGCAGGCAAAAAGAAGCACACAGACGACCAGAGAGGAAGCAGCGGGACCUCCGGCAACCAGCAAGAUAGCUCAGGUGAAGGGCUGCCGAUCGAGCCGUCAACUGAGACAGUCGGACCAACCGAAGGGAAAUGACGGGCAAGAGAAGCAAGCCAUCGGCCACAGGCAAAUGGACAGAAUGCAGCCGAAGCGCUCAAGCAGCGACAAUAGAAAUCUUGGUGCCGCGCAGUCUGGAAAAAAGCCUAUAUAA